GCCGACAGACACCCGACCCCGACCCUGCCGCCGCCGUCCCACGGUCGCAUCACCUCCCACACGCCGACGGAGUCGAGGUGCCGGCGAGAGCGACCUCCCCUCGGGGCCUGGAGUCUUGUUUACUACCCGCCCCCGCCUUACGGAAAGUUUCGGGUGUUUUGAUGCAAGUGCAAGGAUGGUACAGAAGUACCAGUCACCCGUCAGGGUUUACAAGCAUCCCUUUGAACUUGUUAUGACAGCUUAUGAAAGACGAUUCCCAACAUGCCCUCUAAUUCCAAUGUUUGUUGGAAGUGACAUUACCAGCGAGUACAAGAGUGAGGAUGAGGGUGUUCAUAUUUUGGAAAGGCGUUGCAAAUUGGAUGUGGAUGCGCCGAGACUACUAAAAAAGAUUGCAGGUGUUGAUUACAUCUACUUUAUUCAGAAGAACUCCUUGAACUGGCGGGAGAGGACAUUGAAAAUUGAAGCCCACAAUGAAACCUUUGGCAACCGAGUGGUCAUCAAUGAAUUCUGCUGUUACACUGUUCAUCAAGAAAAUGAAGAUUGGACUUGCUUUGAGCAGUCAGCGAGUCUUGAUAUCAAGUCUUUUUUUGGGUUUGAAAGUACUGUUGAAAAGAUAGCAAUGAAACAAUAUGCCAGCAGUAUAAAAAAGGGGAAAGAAAUAAUUGAAUAUUACCUAAAACAGCUGGAGGAAGAAGGCAUUACCUCUGCACCACGUUGGACACCAAUAUUAAAAAUUAACGUUGAAAAACCAGUUCCUGUCCAGAAACUGACAUCCUCUCCAGCUGUGGCCAUUCCCAAUCGAGGUGAUGCAGUUAGAAAGGAAGAACACGUCAAUAAGGAUUUAAUUGCUGCUUCAAAUAAUUCGCCUGAUUCUCUCUCUGGAACACCGGAUGAUAAAUUAGAAGCCGAUUAUAUUGAGCGUUAUUUGGGUGAUUUGACACCAUUGCAAGAAAGCUGUCUCAUUAGGCUUCGAACAUGGAUUCAGGAAGCACACAAGGGCAAGAUUCCAAAGGAUGAACACAUUCUGCGCUUCUUAAGAGCACGUGAUUUCAAUAUUGAUAAAGCAAGAGAGCUUCUGUGCCAGUCCUUGACUUGGCGCAAACAACACAAAGUCGACUACCUCUUGGAGACUUGGACACCACCUCAGGUGUUGCCUGAUUAUUACACCGGAGGUUGGCAUCAUCAUGACCGAGAUGGGAGACCGUUAUACAUUUUAAGACUUGGACAAAUGGAUACCAAAGGUCUUGUCAGAGCACUUGGAGAGGAAGCACUAUUACGGCAUGUCCUGUCUAUUAAUGAAGAAGGAUUAAGACGAUGUGAAGAAAACACCAAUGUGUUUGGAAGACCCAUCAGCUCAUGGACAUGUUUGGUGGACUUAGAAGGUUUGAACAUGAGGCAUCUUUGGCGGCCUGGUGUUAAGGCACUGCUGAGAAUCAUUGAGGUGGUUGAGGCUAACUAUCCAGAAACACUUGGUCGAUUGUUAAUUCUCAGGGCACCUCGAGUUUUUCCAGUACUGUGGACAUUGGUCAGUCCUUUCAUUGAUGACAAUACAAGAAAGAAAUUUCUAAUCUAUGCAGGGAAUGACUACCAGGGACCUGGAGGGCUCAUUGAUUACAUAGACAAAGAAGUGAUCCCUGAUUUCCUUGGAGGCGAAUGUAUGUGUGAAGUUCCAGAAGGAGGUUUAAUCCCUAAAUCUAUGUACAGAACACCGGAAGAGCUGGACAAUGAUGACAUCAGGCUGUUGACUGAAACUAUCUAUCAGUCGGCAAGUGUUUUCAAAGGGUCACCUCAUGAGUUAUCAAUUGAAAUAGUGGAUGCAUCUUCUGUGAUAACCUGGGAUUUUGAUGUGUUAAAAGGAGAUAUUGCCUUCAACAUCUAUCAUUCAAAGCGAGCACCUCAGCUUCCGAAAAAGGAUACUCUUGGGGCUCAUGGUAUAACAUGCCCUGGAGGAAAUAAUGUGCAGCUGAUAGAUAAAUCAUGGCAACUAGGAAUGGAUUAUAGCAUGGUGGAGUCACCUCUGAUCUGUAAAGAAGGAGAAAGUGUCCAGGGUUCACAUGUAACAAGAUGGCCUGGUUUUUAUAUACUUCAGUGGAAAUUUCACAAUAUGCCUUCUUUUGCUACAACCAACCUACCUCGUGUAGAUGAUGUGCUGGCAACAUUGCAGGUCUCAUCCCACAAGUGUAAAGUUAUGUAUUACACUGAAGUUAUAGGAUCAGACGAUUUCAGGGGAUCCAUGACGAGUCUCGAAUCUAGUCAUAGUGGCUUCUCCCAGCUCAGUGCUGCUACAACAACAUCGAGUCAGUCACAUUCCAGCUCUAUGAUCUCCAGGUAGUGACUUGGAAUGUCUGCAAUUAAAUAUGUACCAAAAGGACAAAUUUUGGUGGUAGCUGAUUGUAAUAAUGAUGCAGCUACAAAAAAAAAAAAUCUCAAAUGCAACCUGUACCAUCAGCUCGAUUUCAUUUUAUUUGUAUUUUUCAUUUCCUCAUUCACUUGUAUAUUAAUCCUUGAAUCUGUAACUUGCGAUCAAUUUUUAAAGUAAUUCAUUUUUUAGACAAAUGCCAUUACAAUGUAAAUAUUUUCAGCACUGCAGUUUCUAACAACAAUACAUUUUAAUGAUAAUACUGUAACUUUAAAUCUUGCCUGCUCUGGAAAUAUCACAUUUUCUCAAUACUUAUGACUGUCAGAAUACAUGGUCAAAAAUGAAUAUCUUGUAUUAUUUUAAACGUGACACUUAAAAUUGUAUAAAUGAAGAGUUAUUACAAGCACAUGUUAGGAAUAGAAAGUGUAUUUUACACUUAAACCAGACGAUUAAUUGCUUAGAAGUGUAACAAUGCACUUGUUGGAUUUGAAACAUGACUGAAAACAUUUCAGUUUUUUGAUUUUGAAUUAAGUUUCUAUAAUUUAGUUAUUAAUAUAUUCUGAGACAAGUAGUAUUUCCUUGGAACAAAAUCACUGAAUAUUUCUGUUGGAUUUAUCUAUACUUAAACAUUGCAUAUUUGUCCUUAUGGAGCAAUAGCUGUUACCACUGGUCUGGUAAUAAAUCAUUCACAUAUCCUUCAACUAGUCUCUUUUUAAAUAAUAAAAGUGCUUGCCUUGUU